AUGAAUGACUAUCUCCAUACCAAGGUAAGUAUUCCUGGGGCCAAUAUCAGUGGAUAUUUGCGCUAUGUGGGGCCCAUUGAUGGGAAGCAAGGGAAAUUCUGCGGUGUAGAAUUGAUAGGUCCUUUAGCAACCAUUAGAGGUAAGAAUAACGGUGAAGUUGAAGGUAAGGAAUACUUUCAGGUUCAACAACCACAUAGUGGCUUAUUCUUACCGUAUUCUAGGCUUUUGAAGGCCAAUCCUCAUUUAGAGUUACCGCGUUCAAGAUCUCCUUCCGUUUUCACUGCUACCACGACCCAAUGUGAUACAUCACCUUCACGUCGAUUUUCACCAAGCAUCAGAUCGGGGAGCCCUGCUAUAAGUAGACGAAGUGUUCAUGAACGAAGCAUUGAACUCGGUAACGUUUCUGAGAGGUCUACGUCGCUUCCCUCUGUGGUUAUUGGCUCUACUAGUGCUGCUGGUAGUGCUAGCUUGACUGAGUACACUAAAUUACAGGAAGAGUAUAAUGAUCUCAAGGAUACCCAUGAGUCAACCAAGAGGGAUAUGGAUGAGAAGCUCAAAAUUCUAGUUGAACUACAGCAAACCGUCAGCGAUCUUCAACCUGUUCUUGAAGAGUAUGAAUAUGAAUUGAGCGAGAAGGAUAAACGAUUUCAAAGACAGAAGCUUGAGUUUGAGAAGGCUCGGGAUGAAUGGAGACAAAGCAUUGAUCUUAUGGCAGCAGCUCAAGGAGAGAAUGAAGCGUAUUAUGAAAGACGGAUUCAGGAUUUAGAGAAUCGUUUAGGGAAUGAAGGAGGUUCUGAAAGUAAUUCCUCUAGUAUCAUUAGUAAAUUGGAAUCAACUAUAGGUCAAUUGAUUGAUGAAAAUACUAAAUUGAAAGACCAAAAUAAUGGAAACUUAAACAAUGGUGGUCAGAAUGAACUUGAAAGAAGUAAAUCUCAUAUUGCAUCUUUAGAAGCUGAAAUCGACGGUUUAUUGACCAAGGUUUCACAAUUGGAAAAGAGUGUACAAGAUUCCACUGUUGAUAACUUGGGUUCUAUGACAAUUGGAACUACAGAGAAAGAUAAGUUGAUUGACCGACUUCAACAUGAACUUGAAAUGAGACCAACCUUUGAAGAGCUUUCGGAAUUGCAGAAAUCACUUGACGAAUUAGAUGAAUUGCAUAACAUUGAAUUGGACAAGAAGGAUAAGGAAAUUAACCAAUUAAAAGAUAAAAUUAAAGCCUUGGAGCAUGUGAAAAUGUUAAGUCCAGUUGAUGUGAGUUCCACCAAAUCAAUCAAAUCAGAUUUGCUGCUGCUGCUGCCACUACCUGAACCUUCGAUUGAAAUUACUCCUGAGAACAGUUUACCCAUUUAUAAACCCACUACUCCAACAGACCCAAGUUCUGGUCAUCAAGAUUGGUGUGGACUUUGUGAAAGAAGUGGUCACAAUAGUAUAGACUGUCCUUAUGAGAAUGACAUGUUUUAA